AGACGACAAUCGCUUUCUUAUUUUAGGUGAGGUUACCUCGUCAUCCACCAACCCACUCACGAACUCACUAUCUUCACCAAGUCCUCCAAAAGAAACCAAUUGAGGGUAGAUCCAAUCCAUUUAUCCAAUACCCAUAAUCACAUCCAAGUGAAAAUGGUCAUGGCAAUCGCACUUCGAAGGCUCUGUUCUUCACACAUCAAGCGUCACUAUCUCCGUCGUCCCUCCAAUGGAUCUUCCCUCGCUUGCAUGUCUUCUUUGCCGAAUCCAGCAGCUCAUGAUAUCGAAGUAUCACGUGUUAAUUGGACGAAGCAAUUGAAUGCUCCACUUGAAGAAAUUGAUCCUGAAAUUGCCGACAUUAUUGAGCUCGAAAAAGCUAGGCAAUGGAAGGGAUUCGAACUCAUACCUUCAGAGAAUUUCACCUCAUUGUCAGUAAUGCAAGCUGUUGGAUCAGUGAUGACCAACAAAUACAGUGAAGGUUAUCCUGGUGCUAGAUACUAUGGAGGAAACGAGUACAUUGAUAUGGCUGAAAGAUUGUGUCAGAAGCGUGCAUUAGAAGCUUUCAAUUUGGAUCCUUCAAAAUGGGGAGUUAAUGUGCAAUCAUUAUCUGGAUCACCUGCUAACUUUCAAGUUUAUACUGCACUUUUGAAACCUCAUGAGAGAAUCAUGGCCCUAGAUCUCCCUCAUGGUGGACAUCUUUCACAUGGUUAUCAGACUGACACAAAGAAGAUUUCAGCUGUCUCAAUAUUUUUUGAGACAAUGCCAUACAGAUUGGAUGAAAGCACAGGUUAUAUUGAUUAUGAUCAAAUGGAGAAAAGUGCUGUGCUUUUUAGGCCAAAAUUAAUCGUAGCUGGUGCAAGUGCCUAUGCUCGAGUUUAUGACUAUGCCCGUAUGCGAAAGGUUUGUGACAAACAAAAAGCUAUUUUAUUAGCUGACAUGGCACAUAUCAGUGGAUUGGUUGCUGCUGGUGUCUUGCCAUCACCUUUUGAAUAUGCAGAUAUUGUGACAACCACAACACACAAGUCACUACGUGGGCCCCGUGGAGCAAUGAUCUUUUUCAGGAAGGGACUAAAAGAGAUAAAUAAAAAAGGCCAAGAAGUGAUGUAUGAGUUUGAAGAUAAAAUCAAUCAAGCAGUGUUUCCAGGACUUCAAGGGGGUCCACACAAUCAUACAAUUACUGGUUUAGCUGUUGCAUUAAAACAGGCUACAACUCCAGAGUACAAAGCAUAUCAAGAACAAGUUCUUGCCAAUUGCAAGAAAUUUUCACAGAGUUUGAUAGAGAAGGGAUAUGAUCUUGUAUCCGGUGGAACCGAUAAUCAUUUGGUCUUGGUAAAUUUAAGAAACAAGGGUAUUGACGGGUCAAGAGUUGAAAAGGUUAUGGAGUUGGUGCAUAUUGCCGCCAACAAAAACACUGUUCCCGGUGACGUGUCAGCCAUGGUACCUGGCGGCAUUCGUAUGGGAACUCCUGCUCUAACAUCUAGAGGAUUUCUUGAGGAUGAUUUUGUUAAAGUUGCAGAGUUAUUUGAUGCUUCUGUCAAAUUGGCCUUGAAAAUUAAGGCUGCUUCCACAGGAACAAAGUUGAAGGACUUUGUUGCAACUAUGAACGGGGAUGAGAAAUUUCAAACAGAAAUUAUAAAGAUUCGGGGGGAGGUCGAGGAGUAUGCUAAACAAUUCCCAACAAUUGGUUUUGAGAAGGAAACAAUGAAGUACAAAAAUUAACAAAUCCAAACAUAGUAAAAACCAUCGGUUGGAUUCUGGUUUUGGAGUAUUUAAGGUUGUUUGUCAAACCUGUUUGUGGUUUAAAGUUGUGCACAUGGAACCUCGGGAGAUGCUAAGAUUCGUUUUGGAGGUUUGGCCGUAAUCGAAGUUCAUGUUUUUGUUGUCGUCAGUUUGUGUAAAAUGGAUGGUGGUUCGGUUCUUUAUUUUUAUAAGAAAUAGAUUUUGUUUGUUAUGAGUUUA